AUGGCGACGUGCAAGCAUACCGCGGCUGCGGCUCACCGUGUCCGCUCCCUCACAUCUCCCCAGCAAAGAAAACCUCCAUUUAUAGGACCCACCACAAAACUCACUCUUUGGACUCUUAAAAACAAACAAGAUCCUGAAGCCACAGGCUUCGUGCGGGCUGUGUGGUUUUGUAAAAUCUCAAACCGAGACACACAGAGCCAGGCUUUCAGUAUGCUCCAGUCACUGGAAGGACUGAGCGCAUUCAGGAGCCUGGAGGAACUCAUCUUAGACAACAAUCUAUUCGGUGACGACCUCGUGUUGCCACGGUUACCCCACUUGCACACCUUAACCCUCAACAAGAACCAGAUUACUGAUUUAGAGUACCUCCUUGAUCACCUGGCAAAAGUGACACCAGCCCUGGAAUACCUCAGCCUGCUGGGAAACGUGGCAUGUCCCAAUGAGCUAGUCAGCUUGGAGAAGGAUGAGGAAGACUAUAAGAGAUACAGGUGCUUUGUUCUGCACAAGUUGCCAAAUUUGAAGUUUCUGGAUGCCCAGAAAGUCACCAGACAAGAACGGGAGGAGGCAUUGGUCAGAGGUGCCUUCAUGAAGGUAGUGAAGCCCAAGGCUUCCAGUGGAGUUGAAGCUGCCUCUCCAGAGAGCCACCUCCGGUACACACCCCUGCCUUCUGCAUCCAGAGAACUCACCAGUCACCGAGGUGUGCUGGGGAAAGGUCGCUAUUUUUACUAUGGAAGAAACUCAGAGGGUAAUAGGUUCAUCCGAGAUGACCAGCUUUGA